AUUGAUAUGAACGAACCCGAAUGCAUCGCGCCAUUUCGAGACUGGGUCAAGUAUCAUGGCGCCUGGAUACAUCCUGCUUUGCGCUUCGUGUCCGAUGACUCAGGCAUGUCCGUGGUGACCGUUGAAGAUCUAGCCGCAGACACGCCAGUAUUAUCUUGCCCUUUCCAUCUCGUGAUCACUCCUCAGUCUGCGAAGGCGGCAAUGAAAGGUGCUUUCGGAGAUUUACUUGACACGCGCCUAGACUACCUGAAUGAACGACAACUUGUGGUCACUUACAUUCUGAUGCACUUUCUGAAUCAUAAAACUGAAUAUUUCAAGCAUGGCCCUUACCUCAAAACACUUCCUGGAAGCUCUCGGCUCUUCACUCCCUUAUACUUUAAUCCGGAAGAAACGAAGUUGCUUGGUGGAAGCAACGUGGCAUUAGAAACCAAGAGGCGGGAGGAAAUAUGGAAAAGAGAACUCAAUGCUGCUUGGCCAGUCUUCCAGCGCAUCUUCGGGGCACAUCUUGUGUUCACUGGGACAUAUUGGGAAAAAGUAUGCACCUGGAUAACCUCCCGUUCAUUUCCCUCAUCGUUGCUGUCGACGAAUAACCCCAACACAACCUCGUCGGACUCAGUGCCUGUUCUCCUCCCUGUUCUCGAUUGCAUGAACCACAAGAGAGCACACCCGGUUACGUGGCUGACAAGUACGAAGCUUCUUCCAGAAGCAUUGGCCACCGGUGCUAAUGAGAAUGGGCCGUAUAUCAACUUGGUGCAUCAUCCGACGCUUGAAGCCGGCUUACAAGUGUUCAACAACUACGGGCCGAAAGGCAACGCCGAGUUCCUUCUCGGAUACGGAUUCACCCUGCCGAACAAUCCCAGCGACACGAUCUUCCUGUCCAUUCCUCAAGGCCAACUUCACGAGGUGGGCCGUGAAGCAGAGGGAAUAAUCCCAAUCUGGAACGAAGUGCGCGAACGGAUGGGAAUCCGAAGGGAAGAUACGAACUGGCGGAGCGUGAUGGACGUUGCCCAGGGGCUGUCUGAUAUGGUCCUGGCGAAAAUGGACGUGCACGAUGUGGUCGAGGACGAUAUUGAUAUGGAAGAAGUUCGCCCGCUCGUUAGAGGAUAUAUCAAUAAUUACAUGGAUGGGCAGCGGGACAUUCUUCAGUCUAUGUACGAUUUUUGCGAGCGGAUGCGUAGCCGCGCUCGGGAAGAGGCGAGAGCAGCAGGUGUAGAUCUCGCCGAAGAUGAAUUUGAUGCUGGUGACGAGGAGGUUUAUCAAGAGGUGGCGUGA